UGCCGACCUGCACAAGGAAUAUUUCUGAAUUACAGUAGUACUUUGGCAACAGCACACGGCCUUUGUCCGGCGACUGGUUCUUGUGAUGCUAAAGCGACUACCAACUUUAGUACCAGUGAUCACCAAAGGAGGAGGAGCAGCCCGCGCGCCUACGUCUGGUUGUCAACACCUGCAUCCGGGAGCACCUUCUGUACAAACAACCCACAUACCCAAUGUAGGUACUUCGUACGUAUACUGUACACGCACACGCACGCAUGAGGCCAAGAUGACGGUUCUGGCAGGCGCAACGUGCAGUGCCUUACGGGGGUGCAGGGCAUCAUGAUCCAUUACUCAGGGCAUGCGGGCGUGCAUUAUCAUUGCUCCUGCCGCAUGGUCGCCUCGUCACGUCAGUUGCGACUUCCCUUGCACCUGCCCUCAGUUCACAGCGGGCAGGAGCUCUCUCGCUCGCCGCCUCCAGCUGCCAGAACCAGGAUCCCCGAGCCUGAUCCAGACCCAGACCCAGACCCAGACCCAGACCCAGACCUGCUGUCCUGCACUGGCAACCCUGCGCAUCGCUCCAUCCACGGUUCCAAGCUCCGUCCACAGUGGAAGCGCUCGCCAAACCGUACCAGCCGCGCUUGGUUUGCGACACCCAACGCGUGGAUGAUGCAUCCAUUUGCACGCUUCGGUCCUCUCGGUUUCUUUCCAUGGCGCGACUCCAAGGCACUCGAAAUAGUAGCAGCGCGAUCAAGGGAGGAGAAACACGGCGCCCACCAAGCUUCAAACAUACAUUUGUCGCAGGGCUCAAACCGAAACGCUAUCGGUGGUGGUGCCUACUUAUAGAACAUGCAGGCCGCACCACAGAUCGGGCAGGGGAUGCUCGACUGCUCGCUGCCCAAACGUCCACGUCGGCUCGCCUAUCAGCGACUGCGAUGCUACGACAGGAUGGUUGAGCGCCAUGGCGACGGCCCUUGGUCUCAGGGAACCUGACUGCUCCAAUACGUACAGUGUAGGUACUUUUACCUGGCAUGCAGCUCCUCCACGGCCCUUGCAUGCAUGCCUGCCAGCUUCCAUUCGCACCACGGCACGUCCUGCGCUGUUUCGGCACGCCAAGGUGUUGCCAAUUCACCAGGGAUGCCCAGCAAUUCGUCGACGGCGUCUCGGACCGGGCCAGGGCACAAGCUGGCUCAUCGAGAAACAAGCUUCCGUCCGACUUGUCCGCCCCUUGGCCCGUCCCGACCCCAACGUCGGUCCCGAUUGCCUAAUUCCCAAACACUCGCCUUUUGUGCCGAGGCUCCCCCGAGUAUACACGACUGCCGACUCGAUGGGCCGGUGCCAUCUUGCGAGUCGGGGGCUCGAGUGUAAAAGCCGAGUCUUCGAUUCACUGUUCCUCGUUAUCAGCCUUCUUCUUCAGCUGCAUGGCUACUUGUGCGAGGUGGUCGGGACCUUCCUGCGUUACCCAUGCGUGCGUGUGUGCGGCUUCCCCAUGCUAACACCGCAAGCCAGGGGAAGACAUACCGACUUUGUGUUUGGAUGGCUUGCCAAAAGUCUUUGCCGUGCCUCGCAUCAACCGGUAACCUGCUGGUCUCCUUGACAUUGUCUGUCCCGCUACCCAUCGUUUCACUUCGUUUCAUACCAGUCUGCAGUCCUGCCUGCUCCCUGACGCUCAUCUUGGCGUACGCCUCGCAGCUUCAACGAUGACUAGACGCUCCGAGUCCUCAUCUGGUAAAGCGGAGACAAAUGAAAGCCAUAGAUUCAGUCCUCUCACGGGUGCACCGGUUGUCAGGGAGACAAACAACAACAGUAUGAACAAGGUGAAACGCUGGCUGAAGCAAGUUCAACAUUCUCGCGGGGCUGCGGAACCUGAGCGCCCAUAUCAAGGAGGUCCUUCGAAUACGAAGGAGCGCGUUUGGCGCCCGCACUCCCUGCCAGUACGCCCUUUCGAAGCAGAGGAGAUGGAGAUGCGGGAGCGGAGUCCAGGUCUAUGUGUCGAUGACAGCCCGCUACCUUCCGUAUCUUCCCAUAUAUCCGAUGAGGGCGUGGUCCACAUCGAAGGCCCUCAACCUACCGUCUCUGACGUUGUCGAUCACCCAAGGCAGACAAAUUGGGCGUGUUCGGAUUCUGAUCAGCCCAGAAUCGAUCCGUUUCGAAAACGUUCACGUCGUAAAACCCGACAAGACCGGUACGAUUCCGGCAAAGACAAGUCAGCGACAAGGAAGUCGAUACGAUCAGACAACAAGUCUAAAAGCCACAGGAAGCGGUCGCUUCGCUCUGGACGCGAGGUCAUGGACAAUUUCGUCACAGACGCAGUGGCAACUCAACGCCUGACGAUGAAGCCGAAUCUGUCUUCGGGUCUGUUUCUCAACGGGCGAGGGGCCACGCUCGGUGACUUGAAAUUCAACGGUGUCCAUAUACUCGGCCGGGAUUGGGCGGGUGGCGACUGGGAAGCAAGGAAAUCAAGACCACAGACCGAAGACGAACGCCGUAUCGAGAAGGACAUGCAGGGUGACUCAGACUUCUUCGCCAAUAUCCCACCUCGCGAAACCAAAGUGUUGAGGAUGGCUGGUCCGAUGACAAAGCGGCCGAGAUCUGACUCUACUGUAGUCGUUAUCGGCUCUGACCGGGCAGACGCGUUGGAAGACGACCAAACAUUGCGCGAAGGCGCAAUAGAACCUCGGCAGUCGGCGAGCAAAUGCUUGUCGCUGGUCACCAAAGGGACCAUGAAACGUGGGCUCGGCUGUACAGGAACGCCAGCCUACCGGGAACAUCCUGGCUUGAGCCACCGUUCAUGCGCAGCCCACUCCCAAUCGCAAAGCUCGAGUUCAUCGUCCUCGGACAACAACGAGAUCAAGCCCGUCAAUUCACAUUCCAAGAUUACAAUACAGGGAGAAGUCGACAAAUCAGUCACUCAGCCGCGGGCCCAUUUUGAGAAUCAAAUGUCUCCAAACAAGGUCAGCCAACAAUAUGAACAGCGCUCAAGGUAUGCCGACGCCGGAGUGCAAACAUCAACGUAUCGAGACACGGGGACCAUGGUCAGCCCCGGGUCCACGCCGCUGUAUGGGCGUCUGGUGUUGCCACUGGCCUCUAGUUUGAGCGAUCUGCCUGUUCCGCGGGAGAACGAUUCGCUCAGAGCAAGACUUGCCGUUGCCCUGGAACCAUCCCAUUCAGUGGGCCCAUCGCGGCAAGGCGUCUAUCAAGCGGUCCCAAGCCCGCAAGGGGGAGCAAUAGAGGCGACGCGUUGUUUCAAAGCGGGGAACGAGCCUUCAGAACCAGGGCAUGCAGGGCAGACUAAUCAAGCGAGCCCUAUGGACGGCGAUGGUUUUGAGACUCGGCUCGUGCAGAGGACAUCUUGCACGGAUGAGAACCAUGCUCCCACGAGUAAUAACAUGAUUACGUCGCCUCUCGUAUCGGAGGCUUGUCGGCCCUUCAAAUUCUCCCAUAGCGGGCCAAUGGUUCAGCCCUGCAUAUACGGUGUUGAGGCUCUGCAAGAGUCUAUUCCGCCCAUGGCGAGCUUCGAGUCGGGGCCAUUCCUAGGCAGCCCUGGCUCGAUGCCAGCCCCUGCCGCUUCACUUCAUGAGCCUGCUUCCACUUCCGGUAUCCCACAAGAACGGCCACAGUCAGCCGGCUUGCUCAAUGUCGGGGAUGAGGAGAAGAUCCAUGACUUCAUCGCUAGAGUGGAGAAGGAGAUGCUGGAGUCGACAUUCGCGGACUCGAGCGUUUACCUCGAGGACGGCGCCGGCAGCCCAGUUCAAUUCUUAGACAGAGAUACUAUAGACACACAAAUACACGCCAACCGGUGGGCAACAGACCUUGAGGAUAUUGCUGACAUCGAUCCUUUCAGCCACUCUGGCUUCGCCCCCCAUGUUCGAGAAGAUGGACGGCAUCUCGAGUCCUCUACCAACGAAAGGCGUCGUCGGCCUCUGCGGGAUAAGCUGCCUCGGUCUUGGGUUGCACGAGGCUAUGAUGAGCUCGAAAUGAUGAGAUUUUGGCGUCCAAAUGUUUACCAGUGAGAUAGGGUUGCUAGACAGAGAAGCUCCAUGACCUUUUCAACAGUCCUGCAAGGCACUCAUUCCGGCUGCUGGUCUUUCCACUUGUUCCUCAGGGCCGGUAAGUCAAAACCGCACUGCUCGGCCCUUGCAGUCACGGAACGGGCCUUGCCGACGACUGGAGCAUCAAUCAUUUUGCCAUCAAGAGUCCAGGCACCGCGGCCAGAGGCGGCAGCCUUUUCGUCCGCGACGACAACACGCACCGCCCACUCGACCUCGUCUUGAGCUUGGGCGAACAUUU